UCUUCCUCAGCUUACUCUGGAAAAGCUCCUGGGAGAGCCUGGGAGGCAGAAGGCUGCAAGCAGAGGCGAAACCUCCUCCUCAUUCUCCUUGAGCCACGGAACAGAACCAUGAGACUGUACAUCAUCUUCUUACUGGCAGUGGUGAAUACAAGAACCGCAGAAGGGACAUCCUGUGAAAUGGCAAACUCACAGGCAUUUUGCCACAACAAAGACCUCCACCAAAUCCCUCAUGAGCUCCAUCUAAAUGUAAACAAAAUAGAUCUGUCUGGAAAUCUGAUUCAAAGCAUCCCUGAAAUGCCAUUAUCAUUUUACACUUCCCUCCAGUGUCUGGAUUUAAGCUCUAACCAGAUAAGCUUCAUCACGCCUGGAGUGUUUGCACACAUGACGAGCUUGCUGGAAAUAAAUUUAGCCAAGAAUCACUUAUAUGAGCUUGCUCAGAAUGGAACAGAGGGGAUUGGACUUUUACCCAAGGUGGAAAUAAUGGACUUGUCGCACAACAGUCUGUACAAUGGGAUGGCUGAGUAUUUCAUCAAACAAGCUCCAACACUGCAGUAUCUUUCCUUGGCAGACAACAGUAUUGUAAUGAUAUCACACAAGAUGUUUCAGGGAUCUCCCAGUCUUGUGGAGAUAGAUCUUCAGAGUAAUAUCAUCAUGGAAAUAGAAGAAGGUGCUUUUGAGACUCUAGUGAACCUUUCCAAACUCAAUCUCUCCACAAAUUCAAUUACUUGCAUCUCCGAUUUCAACCUCAGGCAGCUGGAGAUACUUGACCUUAGCAGGAAUAGCAUUGAGACCUUCCACAUCACAAAGUCAGAUGAUGAAUAUAGCUUAAGAUGUCUGGAUCUGAGUGAAAACAAAUUGCUUCACUUCCCAGUCUUCCUUCAGGUAAAUAAACUGGUAACUCUGAAUUUGUCAAAUAAUUUAAUCCAGCUCACUGCUGAAUCCCCUCAUAAUAAAAAGGAUUACAUGGAAAAUGAGUGGCUAGAUGGUUCUUUUCAUCUUCUUGAUCAGAAGCAAAGUAGAAACAUAAGUUCUCCUUAUUUAUCCCAGCUUGUAUAUUUAGACUUAAGUUAUAAUGAAAUCAAAUCCAUUCCGGAUAAAUUCUUUGAAUCAAUGUUGUCCCUUCACACCCUUAAUCUCAGUAAAAACUGUCUCCAAGCAUUUUUGGUGACUUAUGACAAUGCAUUAAUGUCCCUAACUGUCCUUGACUUGAGCUACAAUGCUUUGCAGAACCUUCUCUUUGAUGCUGGUGUGUUGUCCAAUCUGAAGGAGCUUUAUAUUCAGAAUAACCAUCUUCAGACCCUGCAAUUUGACAUCUUCUCCAGUCUUCCUAGCCUCAGACUGCUUAAUCUGCAAAGCAACAACAUCAGCCUUUGCAGCAUGUACUCCGGAUUAGCUAAGCAAAGACUUGCUGGAGAGGAAAGUGGUUGUGUAUCAUUUGUUGAUUCUCCUACUCUUCAGUACUUGUACCUAGCUGACAACAUGCUGAACACCAUACCAGCACACAGCUUCUACAAGACUUCUCUGAUUGUCUUAGAUCUCACCAUGAACCCUGGAUUGAAAAUAGAACUUAAAGCACUAUCAGGACUGGAAAAGUCUCUGGAAUAUUUGUAUUUACAUGGCAAUAGCCUGAUGGAUUUAAAUAUUGACUUGCCUUGUUUUAGUCACCUUAAACAUUUAAACCUCUCUGAAAAUCAGCUGAACUGGCUACCUAAGUGGGGUAGUGACUCUCCACUGGAAGUUCUGGACCUACGGAACAAUAAGUUCAGUACAUUACAGAACAGCAACAUUUUAGCAUUAGAAAAUUCACUUAAAAACUUAUAUCUCACUGGAAACCCACUUGACUGCUGUGGAAACAUCUGGCUUUCAUAAAUGAUACAGAACAAAAAUGUCCAGAUCCCCAACGUGGAGCACUUAACGUGCCAGUACACUCAGAACUUCGGGUAUCAGGAAGAAAUGUACAUUUGGAACAUUAGAUCAGAAGACUGUGAAAAAGAGAAUCUGAAGAAAAUCAACAUCCUUAUUAUAUUAACAUUUGUGUUUGUUUUAUCUGUGAUUAUCAUCGGUGCAGGUUCAUUUUUUUGCUUCCGCAGGCAAAACUUCAGCCAUCAGCUUAAAGCAUAGAAACACAAAAUGCCUUGAAAAUUGCAGAAAUUGGGUGCUACACUGGCAGCCUGUAUAAAUAAAGGGUGAAACUCUCA